AUGGACAGCACUCCGCUACAAGACCAACCCGAGGCUGAUAUCAAUGAGCAAAAUGUAGAUGAUGAUGCAUAUGAUGAUCCUGACAGCAAGCAGCAGACUUUGAUGGAAGACUUUUUUGAGCAGCUUCAUGAUGGACUGGUAGACACAGAUGAGUGCACCGUUCUUGACCGCCUGUCUGGUGGUGUUACUCUCUGCCUACACCACCCAGGUGCAACAGCACCAUUAACAGAUCUGCAACCUCAAGAUCUUUCUGUGUCACUUUAUCUCAAUCCGAGGCUGCUCGCCGAUCCCUUACAAUGUCAUCAGCCGAUUGCAGAAAUCACACAGAUGUUUGUUGAGGGGUGUGCUCUACCAGUGGCACAAUCCUUCUGGGAUGCUUGUCUCGCUCAUGGAUGGAAGCAGGAGCUGAGAUGCAGCUCAUCAGACAUCCCAGACUAUGAUUCCCUUCCCCUUGUUCCAUUACCUUCCAGCGGUACUGGCUCCUCUGAUUUCAAUAUUCUAGGAAGGCCUUUUGGUUGCCUGGAGCGUGUCAUUUCCACUCAACGAACAACUGACUCAAUGCUACCUUUCUUGUCUACCUCUACCUCUUCUGCAACUCCAACAAUUCGGUGGACAAAUCAGCAGAUAACAUCAUCUAAGCACACUCCAUCAAGAGAUCACGCUCUUGAUCUUGAUCUUGAUGACCGGCUCCAACGCCUCACGCUCGGGGACAGUUCGCAUCCCUAUCCGAUUCCUCCAUUGGCUUAUGAGGCUAUGUGUGUGAGGGUUGACCCUGAUUCCCCUUCUGAACCUCCUACUCCUACUGUUACUCCGGCUCGUUCAAUGUCCACUGUUACUCCAGCUCGUUCGACAUCCAGGACAGUUCAUGUGGCUCGGACACCAUCGAAGCCGCCGCAGUCACAUGUGUCUUCAGGCAUUUCACCACUGCUGUUACACAUGUCUUCAGGUGCUCCACCACUGCCGUCACACACGCCUUUGAGUGCUUCAUCAGCAAGCUCACCAACUUGUUCGACAAACUGUUCAGUGCCACUUGUCUCUUCAUCAUCACAGUCGGGGCCUAUGUAUUCAAUUCCAAAGGAACUUCUUCUGCCAUUCAGUCCAAACACUCACGCCACACUGGAGGAAUUGGGUUACAGUGACACCCUUCAUAAUACCUGCCGUGAGGUUUUCAAUCCAUGUGUUCCUGAUAGGUGGGCUUCCGAGCUAGCCAAGAGGGGCAAUAUUAGCUCUAAGCCUGAAGCUCUUCAAAUAUCGGCUGCAAUGUGGGAGGACUGGAAUGUGUUGGGUGGCACUGUCAGGAACUGA